AUGCAGUCUUUACCAAGAUUUCUCAAGCUGUUACUCCUGUGGCUUCUCCUGGGCCCGUUACUUCGGACACUCGCUUAUCCUUAUCAUCAUAAUCGUUCGAAAGACCAUGAAGACGUAGGAAGUUUCAAUCAGACACAUUCUUUCGCGGACUUCGGCUACAGUCACAUCAUAUCCAGAGCGGACAAGCCGGAGCUCAGAAUCCUGCCGUUGGGCGCCUCCAUCGUCUUUGGCGUCGGCUCAAGCACAGGCAACGGCUUUCGGAAGCCUCUUCGUGAUGCCCUCCGAUAUGAUGGCUUUGAAGUCAACAUGGUCGGCACCAGGCACAAUGGUAACAUGCAAGAUUGGGAUAAUGAAGCAACAUCUGGUGCCAUCGUCAGUGAGAUCCGCUCAUACCUGAAAGGGUCUCUCGCCUACAAGCCCAAUGUCGUUGUCAUCAAUGGUGGCACGAACGACUGUAACAGAAAUAUCGACAUAAACAACAUUGGCGAGCGCAUGAGACUAAUUUUGAAUGAUAUCUGGGGCGCACCUGAUAUGGCAAACACAUGCGUAAUGCUUUCUACCAUCCUUCCCACAGCUGAUGCAACCGGAGCUCUCAAUCGCAUCACUGCUAAUCAGCAGUACCGACUUCUCGCUGAGCAGCUUGCUGCUUCUGGAAAGUGCAUCUACAUGACCGACAUGGACCCUGACGAACCCAACAUUGCUCACAAUUGGAUUGCUUUGGAAGCUGAUAUCGGUGGUGAUGGAAUCCAUCCAAACGACCAAGGCCACAAGAAGAUGGCCUCUGUGUUUUAUGAUGCAAUCAUGAAAGCUGUCUCGGAUGAUAAGAUCAAGAACCCCGCUGCCAUGGCGAAAACUGGCACCACCGGCUGCGAUAAGACGUUCGGCAACGGCGUCUAUGCUGGCGGGCUGACACAGCGGGGAUCUGGCUGGGACGACGGGACGUACAAGCAUGCCAGUGAGUAUGGCGGGCUGCUCUUCUCUGUCACGAGCGAUUGGGACCGUGAUCAAUGGCGCUUUGCACGUUUGUUCACCCGAAACCGAGACGACCUGCUGGGUUGGUUCGAAAAAAGCGCAGGAGUUCACGCGUAUGAUAUGUGGAAGAACAACGGGAACGGCAAGUUUGACAAGAUUGCGGACUUGGACCCAGAUCUGUUUUGUAACCCGCGUGGUGUUCGGUUCAUUGACAUGAAUGCCGAUGGACUCGACGACUUGGUUUGCAUUGAUCCCGAUGGCAACUUAUACCUUUCAAUCAACCAGGGCGAUGGCUCAGCCAGCAAGCCGCCAACCUUCAAGAGAGUCAGCACUACCGCGAAAAUCAAAGACACCGAAGGCUUCAAGCAGGACCGUAUUGUCCUGGCUGACAUUGAUGGAGACGGCCGAGGUGACUACUGCCAUCUGGAUGAUGGAGGCAACGUCUGGUGCUGGCGCAAUGGCUGGGUCGACGACAUCCCCGAGUACUGGCAAGCUCUUGGCUUGAGGUUCACCGCCAAGGGUAUGGGUGACGUUCACGGUGUCCGCUUCGAGGAUAUCAAUGGCGAUGGUAGAGACGACUGGCUCUGGGUUGAUAACGAUGGUCUGACAUACACCUGGACCAGCGCCCGAAGCUGUGCUUCCGGCACACUCGGCGAUGGUCUCAAUGUUGCAUGGCGUCAGGGUUUCAACGGCGAUGCUACGAGCGGUCCAACUCAUAUGGGCAUGGCCAAUUUCGGCAAAAAGGACACCAACAUCCGGAAUCGCAUUCACUUCGGGAGGAUAUUCGGGGAACCUCAGGCCUUCAGUCUCCUGGGGCAACAAGACUACAUCUACAUGGAGCAUUCCAACACGACGGACGGCAAGCACAAGUUCGACAUUCACGUCUGGAAAAAUGUGGCUCGCGGUGGUACAAAGCUUCUCGCGGAUGGCAACAAGUACUGUAACAUGCUCGGGCAUGCCGAUGGGCGGAUGGACUAUGUCUGGGUUCUGUCGACGGGACGAAUGACUCUGUAUCCCAACGCGGGCAAGUCACAGAUUUCUGGGGACGAGUCUUUCUGGGGACCGAUGACGGAGGAGAUCUGGUCUCCCCAGAAGUGGAUCUUCAAAGACGCCGACCGUCGCGAUCUUCACCUUGUUGACUGGGAUGGAGAUGGUGCUUGCGACAUUGUCUACACCGAUCCUGACAAAAACAACUCUCCGCAGGUUUGGCUCAACACUUAUCCUCUGACUGGACGCUGGGACUGGACCUACGUAGCCAACCCUGCUCCCCAGGUUCAGUGUAACGAGAGAAAGGGACUUGGAAUCCAUGACUUGGCUGUCCGAUUCGCCAACAUUGAUGGCGGCAAGAGAGGCGACUAUCUGUGUAUCAAGCCGAAUGGCUAUGUCUCAGGUUGGGUCCACAAAGACGACGGUACAUGGGAAGAUGUCGGGCAAGUCAAGUUCGAAGAGGGCAAAGACCGUGCCAACUUGAGAUGGGCUGAUGUCAACGGUGACGGCAAAGACGACAUGCUCUGGGUCGAUAAGUUCAACGGCGACGGCUACGUGUGGUACAACGGCGGCCGUGGGAAUCGUGGGGACCUUGGAGGAUCUCUCUACUUUUGGAGAAAGAUCUCCGACCCUGUCUACGACGGAAAUCAUGCUGGAACCUGCAUGUACUAUCCCGACUUGGAUGGCAACGGUAGAGCAGACAUGCACUCGAUCAUCGGGACUUUCAACAACCAGGCGGAGACUUGGUUCAAUCCUUCCUGCGCCAUGACUGAUAGAACUGGAGACGAUGGCGAUAUUGGGAAUCCCAACUUGCCCGUGCAGCCCGGAUCUAGUAACGGUGGUGGCGGUGAUGGCGGCGACAGCAGCGGUGGAGAGGACUACGACCCCGAUCCAGACGAUGACGACACCCUUCCUGUGUGCGACGAGACCUUCGACAACUUCGAUAAGUUGGUCGAGGCCUCAGGUGAUAUCCCUGAUACGUGCGCGGCUCAGUAUGUUCUCCAAGUUGGCCAGGCCACACUCCAAGCAGCUGUCAAACGCUACGACGAGAUCAUGAAAGGCGACUACGACAAAUACUUUCAGAUUUACGCCGAUUAUCUGGUACAAAACAGUGCCGAUACACUCGAGAAGUUCAUGAGAGAUAACGGCGCCGACUAUUUUGACUGCGACGUUAGGGAGCAAUACACUUGCUGCGCUGGCUGUGACAAGAUCGGGCUCUAUGGCGAUACCUGCAAACACUGCGUCGACGAGUGCCCCAUCAAGAGCCCAUGGGGAGAUGCCCAGAACGUUUGGUGGGACACCUUCGCCGAGACCUGUCCACCCAACGAGGACUUGGGCAUCGGAACGGUCAAGGACAAGACCAUCUUCUGGAAGCUGCGUGAAAAAGACAAGAACAACUUCUGGGGCGAGGUCACGGCCACGGUGGGAGCCCCGGAAGAGAAGCUCCCGAUCGUCCCGCGACAACAGAUUGUCCAGUGGUCUGAAUCGACCGACAUGUCUUGCGUCAUCGCUCAGUCUCGGGACCCAGACAACUUGCCCGAGAAUUGCUACAACACGAAGCAUUGGUGCGAUGCUCCUAUCGUCAAGAACUUCAAGGCCUCAGAUGUCGUCAACCCAAAGGAGGUCGUCCAGAAGGCCUUGGGGGACUCUAGUGUCCUGAUAGACGCCCUUGCGGCCACCUUGAUGGAGAUUAAGACGUACAUGUACACCGACGACACCAUAGAUGUGUCUGAUGCCGUCAUCCUGCCGAUUCUCAUGAUCCAACACUCUCUCAGCAGCAUGGAAGACGUUGUUGAAAUGGCCAAGGACAUUGAGAAGAUGGAAAAGACGAAUUUCAUCGUCAACCUUAUUUCGUCUCUGCUGUUCGUGCUUCCGGUCGCUGGCGAGGUCCUCGGCACGAUCGGCCUGGCUGGGUUCGGGCGCGCUCUCAUCUAUGUGAGCGAGGCUGGAAACGCCGCCAUGGGCAUAUACAGUGUUGUGUCGGAGCCCAAGUCCGCUCCUCUUGCUUUGUUUGGGGCAAUUAUGAGCGUGAAGAGCAUUCGCAAUGCUAACAACAUGCGCAACGCUGUAAAAGCACGGCGCGCAAUGGGCAAGCAGGACAUCGAGGGGUUCAGCAAAGUUAUCGCCUCAAAGUUGGAGGAUUUAGAUCGCAUGGCAGCUAGGGGAGAGUUGAGGUUGUGUGGUAAAUGA